GGUUAACCAGAUAAUUUAUUUAGGGGUGGGAGUAGACAACAGUCAGAAGUUACUCUUCUUUUCUGUGCUUGCCUGCAAAUGAGUUGAAUUCAUUCAUAGCAGGACUCAGAAUGGAGGAGACGUUGCAACAAGAGAAACAAGAGUUGGAAUAUAAACAUUUGAAUGAGGAACAAGGUGGGAUCCGUCGCCGAUUGCGGGACAGGGAUCUUCUGAGGAAGAGAAAAGCUGAAGCAGAAGCGAAGGAGACUAACGAGUGGGUUUUGGGGAUGGAGAGCCAGAGGAAAAGACCCAGGGCUGAGAGUGGCACAAAGAGGAGAGGGAGGCCCAAGAAGAGCGAGCCGGAGAAAUCUGUCACUCAGGAGGAGGAGGAGGCAGGACCUCGGGAUGCUCCUGCAGUAGCGGAGGUGCCUGUACCUGCUGAGGCUAUCCCAGAUCAAACACCAUCUGUACUUGAUGUGGAAUCAAAACCUUCAUCUGCCCUUGCUUCCCCUGCUGCUCUGCCAGUGUUUGGAUCUAUCCAAAAGCCCAUCUUUGUUCCUACUCUGACUCCUCCGGCUCCAGUUAUCCCGACUCCAGCCCUUUUUUCACCCACAGCUCCAUCCCCCAACAAAGUCCUCGAUACGGCUCCAAUCCCUGUCCAAGAUUCGGCUCCAGCUCUAGAAGAUGUUCCAUUCCCAGUCCCAGUCCUAAUCCAAGCCCCUUUUUCAGUUUCAGCUGCUGCCCCUCCCGCAGCCCCUCCCCAGGUGGAGACCCUCUUCACAGAGUCACAAGGCAAGGAGGGCCAUGAGCAGGUCUGGAUUGAGGACUUGGGCCCAGAGGAGGAGGCAGACAGCUCUCCAUCUCCAAACAAAAGAGCUGAUGACGAUUUGAUUGAGACACCGUCGAUUGACGUACCUGAACAAAACGAAAUGUUCUCAAUUCCAACCUUGUCCUCGACACCUCCUCCACAAAAAUAUUUCUCAGGGAAUUCAUUCUAAUUCUUUCACUUUUCAGACGCUGCCUCGGCUCAGAACGUAUCUGAGGAUUAUUUUGGUUAGUGUGCAGCCUGUUGGUGAAAGAGUACAAACAUAUUGAGCAUUGCUUAUUUGACAAAUGUAUGAAUUUAAACCAAACCUGUAUGCUUAUUUAUUCUGGUUUUUACUUUAUGAAGCUCACAAAUUGUAUUUUGUAUUUUGCAUUUAAACAGCUAUUUUUGCCUGAUUGUAUUUCAAAGCAUUGGUAUAAAUCACUGGUUAUGAUGUAUUUUGGAUUUACAUGAUAGCAUUUUGUAAAAGUUGUUUUCCACCUAAUAAAUUACACUGCUUACAAUCA